AUGGACGGGCCACCGCCACCGGAAGAGGACUUUACCACACUUCCGAUCUCUGAACGACUUGCUCACAAGAACUGGAAAGCCCGUGUUAGCGGAUAUGAAUCGCUCAUCAAGACUUUCGAGAACACUGCGUCCGAUAACGAUCCCGCCUUCAAACCGUAUAUUAACCAUGGGGAUCUCCUCAAGAAGAUUGUGAUAGAUGCAAAUGCUGUGGCUCAAGAGAAAGGCGUCGAAUGUCUUGUAGCCCUCGUAAAGUUUGCAGGGGAAACAGCUGCUAAAACGCGUGAUGUCGUUGUACCUGCCUUAGUGGAUAAGUGUCUAGGCUCUACGCGUGCCGGAACGAAGAACCAGGCUAUCGAGCUCGUUCUACAAUACAUUGAAGUCGAGAACGGUGGUGCUGGAGUUGUGAACGAUCUGCUCAUCGGGUUGGGUGCAAAGCAACCGAAAGCAGUAGCUGGGUGCAUCCUGGCGCUGAAAGAGGCCACACGGGUUUUCGGCACCCAGGCUGUACCUCCCCCUCCCAUUCUGAAAGCUCUGCCUAAGAUAUUUGCACACUCCGACAAGACUGUCCGUGCUGAAGGAACAAAUCUGGCUUUAGUUCUGUACCAGCAUAUUGGAUCUGGUAUUGAGCCAUGGCUCGCCGACUUGAAGCCGGUACAGGUCAAGGAGUUGAAGGAUUCCUUUGAAGGCCUUGAGAAGGAUGGGAAAGGACACAAGACGCUGAAAGCGGAACGUUUGACGCGUGCACAAGCGCGAGAGGCAGCAACGGCUGUAGAUGGUGGUGAUGUUGUUGCCGAGGAGCCAGAGGACAUGGCACCUCCGGAUCCAAGAACCUUUGCCGAAAUUGUGGACAUUGUACCAAAGCUUUCCCCGUCACUCCAGACUGACCUGAAGUCUCCCAAAUGGAAGGAACGCAAGGAGGCUUUGGACAACCUCUCCACCCUUCUGACGAAUACACCCAGAAUAAAGGACGCUGCCGAAAUUUCUGACCUAACUAAAUCGUUGGCUAGCUGUAUUGCCAAAGACGCCAACAUUAAUUGUGUCAUGGUUGCGGCCAAAUGUUUGGAAGAUCUUGCUAAAGGAAUGAUGAGUUUCUUCGCCAAGUAUCGUGAGGCCGUCGUGCCUCUCAUGUUGGAGAGGUUGAAGGAGCGCAAAACAAAUGUCACCGAUGCAAUUGGUCUUGCUCUGGAUGCGGUGUUUUCCACGACCACCUUGAACGACAUCAUUCCCGACCUGGAUCCUUCUUUGAAGUCCAAAAAUCCCCAAGUCAAAGAAGGGACGUUGAAAUUUUUAGGCCGCUGUUUGGCGUCAGCCACAACCCCCAUCCAACAGGCACAAGUAAAACCUUUAGCAGAGGCAUUGGCUGCCUUGCUCGAGGACGGGUUUGAAGGUGCCCGCAACGAAUCUGCGACCUGUUUUGGGUAUUUGAUGAAGAUGGUGGGAGAACGCCCUCUUAAUGCCACGAUGGACACAGUGGCAGAUAUUAGGAAAGCCAAAAUCAAAGAAGCUUUCGAGAAGGCAGUCGUCAAGUGCAAAGCAGGUUCUGCCCCGCCGCCCGCGAAGAAGGCACCCCCGUCAAAGGCGCCUGCGAAAGCGCUGCAUCCACCUGCACAAGAAGACGAGCCGCCGCCACCGUCCACCAAACCAAAGCCUAUGGCAAAACCUCCGCCCAAGAAACCUGCCGUUGCUGCCCCCCCUGCUGCAGCGGCUCCAAAGAAGGCUCCUUCAAGCGCAGCAUCUAAGGCGGGGGCCAAGGCCGCUCCGGCAGCAGCAGGGAGCCUUGACACCGUCAAAUAUAAACACACGCCAGAAGACGCAGACGCGCUCGCUGCUGAAUUGAUACCUGGAUCUAUCCUUGCGGAUCUAGGAGAUGCUAACUGGAAGACUCGUCUGGCAGCCUUGGAUGAAACGUCUGCCUGGUUAGAAAACGAGAUACAGAGCCUGGAUGCUGAAGUUCUUGUUCGUGCUUUAGCGAAAAAGGGCUGGUCUGAGAAGAACUUCCAGGUUUCCGCCAAAAUCUAUGGUAUCCUCACUCUCCUUUCGCAAGAGUGUCCCUCUUUUGGUAGAUCUUGCAUUGCCCUUUCCGUCGCGCAUCUCACCGACAAGUUGGGCGACAUGAAGUUGAAGAAGCCUGCCGGUGAUGCUCUCCUUGCUUUCGCUGAGAAAUCCUCUCUUCAAUUCGUUCUCGGUCAAGCUUAUGAACCUCUCUCAAAACAGAAGGCCCCGAAAGUCGUAGCUGAUGCGAUUACCUGGAUCAAUGCAGCUUUGGUCGAUUUUGGCAUCGCAGGAUUAUCUCUGCGCGCCUUGAUCGAGUUCUUGAAGACGGCAUUGCAAAAUUCCAAUGCUGCUGUGAGGACGAAUGCAACAAAGGCUCUUGUUACGGUGAAGUUAUUUGCUGGAUCGAGCGUCAAAGAUCUCAUCGAAGAUUUGAACUCACAGCUCCUCAAUACCAUCACUUCCGAGUUUGACAAGGUUGAAGGCCAGUCUGCGCCUGAGCCAACUAGGACUUCGGCGGAUCUAGCCAAUGUGAUCAUUAGUUCCGGCGAUGGCAAAACUGGAGGUGGCAGUGAUCCACUAGACGAUCUGUUCCCUCGAAUCGAGAUCGACACACUGCUCAAGGGGAAUACUAUCUUGGCUGACGCGAAGAGCGAUGCGUGGAAGACAAAGAAAGAGGCUUUAGAGGGCCUACAAGCUCUCCUUGAUCAAGGAAGCAAUAAGCGACUGAAGCCAAAUAUGGGUGAAAUUGGACAGGUCCUCAAGGCCAGAGUGACCGAUACGAAUAAGGCAGUGCAAACCUUGGCUCUCGAUAUCGUAGGGCGUAUUGCAACGGGCAUGGGCAAACCCUUCGAAAAGCAUUCUCGUCUAUAUGCCUUAUCAGUAUGCACAGUGCUGGCAGACCAGAAGGCUCCCAUUCGAAAUGCUGCUCUACAAACUCUUACCGCCAUUGCCACAGCAUGCGAAGGGAUCGAUUCGUUGAUCGGUGGCUUCUCAAGUGCCCUUGAAACAACCAAUCCACUGCAGAAAGCCACUCUAUUCCAAUGGUUGGUAGAUUGGUUCAAAGACCAUCCUCUAUCUUCCUCCCUCGACUUGAAAGCCUGGGUGCCGUUCGUCGUAACCUCUCUUGAUGAUCGCAAUGCCGAUGUCCGCAAGGGAUCGCAGGCUCUUCUCCCAGUCGUAAUUGAAUGCGCGGGUUUUGACUACGUGAUGCAGCAAACAGGGCCUCUCAAGCCUGCAUCUCGUGCGAGUGCUGUUCCGCUUAUACAAGCAGCUCGCACUGCUGUAAAGGAGAUAUCGUCGAAGCCACCCCCACCAACAAAGCUUGUACCCUCCCUGGCUCCCCCUGCCGAAGUGCCAGAGUCUCCGGUCGCAGCCGCGAUGCCAGAAACAAAACCUAUUAGCAAACUCUCUGGAGUACGUCGAAAAAUCCCUUUGGGUACCAGCAGACCAGAAUCUCGAGCCGACAGCGUCGAUAUGCCAAAUAAGCUCGCCACUCUUGGGAUUAAGAAAUCCAUACCAGGCAGUGCUUCGACAAAGCAACCAAGCAGCGCUCCGAUCACACCCAAUCCUGCCCUGCCGUUUUCUAAUCUGAAUAUCGAGACCAAGAAGACACGCUUAGGGAAAGAUACCAAUAGAUGGAUAAAUGAAGGCGGCCCGACCAGAAAAGAUUUGGCAGAGCUCUUGCAAAGCCAAAUGGAAUCCCAUACCUCGAAGGAGUUGGUGGCGAAGUUAUUCAGCCAUGACCACAAUGCUGUCAACGAUCAUAUAAGUGGUCUAACAAUCAUGACUGACUUUUAUGUUGGUGCAUUGGAUGCUGACGAAACCAUCGAAAAGCUUUCCGUUGCCAACAUAGACCUUCCGCUCAAAUAUCUCUCGAUUAAGAUACACGAACCACAACCCAAUUUAAUAUCCAAGUGUCUGGAUCUUGCUGAGGCGGUUAUUGCAUUCCUCCGCAACGUUAAUUACCAGUUAACCGAUCAGGAGGCGACUUGCUUUGUCCCUACUAUUAUCCAUAAGCUCGGGGAUGCAAGAGAGCCCGUGCGAAUUCGUGUUCAACAAAUACUUCGAAAUCUACCUACAGUCUACGCCUAUAGCCGUGUCUUUUCUCUCUUGGUCGAACACGGAUUGAAGGCGAAGGUCGCGAAGACGCGCCAAGGAACAUUAGAUGAACUGUCCGCCAUUUUGAAGAAAUCUGGGAUGGGUGCUUGCGAACCAUCCAAAGCUCUUCCAGCGGUUGCUGCUCUUAUUUCCGACAAGGACCCAUCAGUGCGGAAGUCGGCUCUUGGAACACUGAGUGAAGCUUACACUCUCGUUGGGGAGAAGGUGUGGUCACUGGUUGGCCCUCUAUCCCCCAAAGACAAAACACAGCUUGAAGAAAGACUGCGGCGUGUUCCUGGUCCAAGCAGAACCGAAAACAGCGCAAUUCCUGCCCAUGCCCCUGCCAUCGCUCGUCUCGCCACGAGUGUCCCCAGGCCAGCUAGUCCUUCCGUUGCCGCGGUAUCUCGGAUAGCCCGCCCAACCUCCCCCGCCCAACCUCUUCGAUCGGCUUCUCCUGCUCUCUCUCAAACGCGUCCUGAGUCUCCUAUGCGACCGGCAUCAAGUAAUUCGCAGGCACCAACCGGCAUUCCUUCUUCACCCAGCAAAGCUAGGCCGCGAAGCAUGCUACCAUCACGUCUUGGUCGACCUCGCACAAACACUCAGCCAUCCACCAACCUGCAGACUCACGAGGAGGCGCCAGUGCCAUCGGAAGUGCAAGCACCACCUCCGCUCAAACUGCAACCCGUUGCUCCUGCUUUUGAUGACGAUGCUGCCACAAUUCGUGCCACACGUAGUGCUCGAUCUGACGGGUCAGAAGAUAUCACUCUGACGAUAUCGAGCAUCUUGAGUGCCGAUCCAUCUCGCAGUGUUGAUGCCCUCAAGCGGAUACAGAAAAUACUUUCUGUAGGUCCUGAUGAAGGACCAUCCUCACCCCGAUAUCGCGAACUCGCCGAGCAUACAGAGGGCCUUAUCGAAACAAUAACACUUCAGAUGGCUCAUGUAUUCGAGUCACCCACCGAGCUCUGCAUGGAUGAAAACUUCCGACUCGCAAAGCAUCUGAUACAAACACUCAACAAUUUUUGCGAUCAUUCUUUCCUCGCCGAGUCAUUGACUGUUGAGAUAUUGACCUCCCUCCUGGAGGAGUUAACACUUCGUCUUCUCGAAACAGACGACAGUCCUGUGCGAAAGGUCAAGGAUUUGUCUCGCUUUAUUAACAUGAUUAUUCUUCGUCUAUUUGCCACUGGAAGGAGAAUGUCCAUCUUCAGGGCACUCUUUGCAUUAUUAUUACAGAUUGUCAAGCCUUUCCCGAGUAACGGCGUGCUUCCGGACUCCCAAGAAGCACGUGUGGCUGAGCUAGUGCUUAAAUGCGUUUGGAAACUAGCUAGAAACAUACCACAAGAUCUCACCGAAGCGAUGCUAGAUCCUGUCGAAUUGUUCCCUGCGAUCGAGCACUUCCUCCAGUCGGUCCCCCCGAAUGAGUGGCGCGCCCGCGCAACCAACAAGGUCCCAUGUGGAGAUAUGCCACUGAGGACGAUCAAGGUCAUCAUCCAACACAUUGUUGCACACUAUGCCGACGACGUGUAUGAGCUCCUUUCGGCAUCCUUUGAUGAUCCAUCAGCGACCAUAGUAUAUCCCUAUGUGUAUCGCAUCUUGAACUCUUCGAGCCGAACGAACAAUGAGGCGACAACAUCGAAGCGAAACGGAAACAGUGCGGACCACUAUGAACGUCCGACAUCUCCUGCCUCCAGUCGGCCGCAGUCUCCUCCGGAAACUGCAUCUGUGCACUCUGGCCAUCAUCCCCGCAGUCAACGAACCAGCACUAGCUCGUCCUCAGUACAUGGUAAUGGUCAAUAUUCCCCAAAUGCUGAAGAGCCAGAUCCAGACGCACAACUGCUUGUCAUCAUUGGGCAUAUAUCAAGCGAGACGACUGGAGCGCUGCACAAGGAGGGCAUCACGGAGCUUCAUCAUUUUCUCAAAGCCUAUCCUCAUAAACGACCUCGUGUGGAGAAGCUGUUGGAGUCGACUGGUGCUGCCUUUAGGAAAUAUAUCAAUCGGGCACUUGCCAGUCGUGCUGCAGAGGACCAAGAACGCGAUGUUGCUGUUGCCAAUACCUUAUCGAAACUCGAAUAUAAUAGCACCGAAUCUCGGAACGGGACGAGAACCAUAGCCAAUGGUACGACGACUGCUGCAGAGGAUCCCGUGACUGCCCCUUCGGACGCGGUGGUACCCCCAUCGCGUCCUUCAGCUAUGGAAGGGUCCGACCAGCAAGAUCGCCUCUCCAGAUUGCAUGACAUCUUCCAGUAUCGGUCAAGCACCGUAAGCACUGGUUCUUCACAUGGGCGAUCGACUCCAGGUUUGCGGACUUCUACGGGAUAA